AUGUCUGUCCGGGGGCCAAAAGGGGUCUACAACUUUCGUGUUAAUGGGCAAUUGGUCCAUUACGCAGGUUCUGGACUUCCUUCAAAGGGUGACGAUCCUUGCUUCGCCCAAAUUUACACGGUCGGUGACGGUGGGACGGUUGAAGCGGCCAUGCGUCAACAUCAUUAUGACAAUCAACUGGACUCAGACUUACUCAUUAAGUUGCAAGCAGCAAUCAACGAUCGAAGCCCAUAUGCACAUUUAUUUAAAAACGCAAAUGAAAUAUUAGGAAAGGAUGAUAAAGCAAAAAUUGUCAUUAAGUCAGUUAAACCUAGCGGUAGAAAGGAUUUAAAACGAUACAACUUGCCGGCCGUGGAUGAAAUUGGUAUGGUGGUUCCAGGGGAUGGAGAAAUCGAUGGCAACAAAAGGAGACUGGUUUUAAAACGACAAGACGGGAGGUUAGAACCUAUCAACAACAUGCAUACGGGGUAUCUACCCAUGAGAUAUGUAAUUUGUUUCCCUGAAGGUGCACAGCAGUGGUCAGAAGAUUAUAAAUUACUACUGCCUCUGGAAAAGAGGAAACACAAAGAGGAGAGCGACCAAGGUAUGUACUAA